AUGGCUAUCAUAUCAGCAAAGUUUGUAUUUGUAGUUUCGGUUUUAGUAGUUAGCUUAUUCUUAGAGAUCACUAAUGGACAUCAACUCAGUGAGGAUCAAAUCCUUCGUGAAUCUUUAAGAUUUAGGAUUGGACAUCGUCAUGGACAUGGACAUGGACAUCAUCAUGGGCAUCGACAUGGACAUCAUCAUCAGCCACCUACUCCGCCAGUUGAGGAGCCACCACCAGUUGAGGAGCCACCAGUGUUUCCACCGUCAGGUGAGGGCCAACCAAUGCCUCCGCCAACAGGUGAUGAGCCACCAUGUCGCUGUGACGCGCCGUCUCCAUUACCAUCACUAGUUGAUGAUCAGCCUUGAGAUAUGCUC